AUGGAAGCCAUAAGCGGUGCCACUCAGCCGACUUGGUCUCCUGCGGACUAUACUGUCGGCUGGAUUUGCCUCCACCCCGAGGACCGUCUCGCCGCAACCAACUUUCUCGAUAACCGGCACAAACCAAAAUUUGUGUCUCGUCGUGACACUAACGUCUACGAAUUAGGCAAGAUUGGGGGCCAUAAUGUUGUUACGACAUGCUUACCAGAGGGGGGUUUCGACGCAUCGGGCGCAAGCGCCGCAUUCGUUGCAAUAGGCAUGCUUGCCAGCUUUCCCAAUAUUAAAAUCGGUCUGGUGACUGGUAUCGGAGGCGCCGAGCCAAGUUCAAAGAACGAUAUAAAGCUUGGAGAUGUUGUUGUUGGUGCCCCUCUCGAUGUUACAUGUAAUGAGGGCGUUUCCCAGAACGAGCUUAGCGAGGAGAUGCGAGAACAAAACUUCCAGAAGACGAGCUUUGCUGUCCAGUCAUCGACACUUCUUCGGACUGCCGUCGAUGGGCUCAAGGCGCAUUAUGAGACUGAAGGCCAUCAGAUUGAAGAAGCUAUCAGCAGAGUCUUGAAGAAUAGACCAAGGCUAAAGCGGCAGUAUGGGCGACCACAGUCAAUCGGCGAUGAGUUAUGUGAGUCUACAGUCAAUCUCCCUUUACGCACUGAAGAACUCUGCUUCGCUUCCUGCGGAAACGAUGUGUGGAUGGUGGUAUCGCGACCGGAAGAGACUCAAGUUGAGGAUAAACCGGAAAAGACUCAAGUUGAGGAUAAAAUCAGUAUUCAUUAUGGCUCACUUGUUCCGGGGGGCAGGGUAAUGAAGGAUGCCAUCCUCCAAGAUAAGCCAACUGGAGAAAAUGAUGUUCUAUGCUCGGACACGGCAGUAGCUGGGUUAAUGAAAGGCUUUCCCUGCUGUGUUAUUCGCGGCAUUUGCGAUGAUUCAGGUUCUGAUAAGAAAUGGCACGGCUACGCAGCAAUGGCGGCGGCAGCAGUUGCAAAGGACCUCUUGAAUGAGAUUCCUCCAUCAGGGAAGGAAGACUGA